AAAUUUUUCACCAGCAACAUUCCAUUUUUUCGGACAUCCUCUACCGCACUCGUGCGAUCGAGAUAAUGCUGUGCUGCUACUACUAUUGGAUCCUGCAGCCACUAGCACCACAAGAAAGAUCAUGAGAAAAUUCAACACCACCACGACGACAAAAAAUGCGGUUGGUCGGCCUGAUGGCAUGCACCGCGAAGCAGCACGUGAUCGGCAAAGACGGCCGUCUGCCCUGGCGGAUUCCGGCGGAAUUUGCGCAUUUUCAAAACACGGUGGUCAAUUCUGCAGUGGGACAGAAAGAACAGCCGUCUUCACUUUCCACACCUAGUAGUGCAAGGCAGAUACUUGUUCCCCCCUGCGUGGUGAUGGGCCGCAAAACCUGGGAGGAAUUUCGAACGCUGGAAUUUCGGAAAAAAGUCCGCACCAUUGUCGUCGUCUCUGCGACGCUCGAUGUUGAUUUUCCCGCGGCUGGAGGUGCUGGAGAUGAAACAGACGGGAAGGUCGUGGUGUUGCGAAAUCUGGACCAGCUGGUGGAGUGGAAGAAAGAGCAUAGUGUGUUGCAGCAUGACAAAAACUUCGUCGGUCCUGAAAUAAGUCCUCCUCGUCCCACUACAGCGUUCAUGAUCGGCGGUGCUUUCCUUGCCCACGCCUGCGCGGAUUUAGGUUUGUUGGACGGGUUUCUGCUGACCAAAAUCCGGAUGGAAUACGAGGGGGACGUGAGAUUGGACGUGGAAAGGGUGACGAGGAAGUUUCUGAGGCGGAAAAGAAGUAGCGGACCGGAGAUGGAAGGCGUAGGAGAUCUUCAGGUAGAUGACCCGGAGUGUACAGCAGCCGCUGCGUGGUUGGGUGAAACAAAUCAUGCCUCCUGUGGAACUUCUCCUCUUACUGUACCACAAAUCGUGCUUGACCAUCCUGAAUUCUUCGUCGAAAAGUAUGAAUGAGGUUUAAUUUUCAUCCGUAUUUUCGAAUCGACGCCGGAGGGCCAGAAGUGCUUUCGAUUUAUUUCGCUUCGCAUAGUUCUUCGCUUGGAGGAUUCGUGACUACAGACGGUUGGAAGUAGAGCCGUUCUCGAGGUAAGUACUAGUUAGUAGUUUGCAACAUUCAUUAUCGUACAAAAGCGGAAAUGAGCAGGUUGUCGCCGGGUGCUUCUGCUCCUCUUGCGACAUGUCAUAGUGAACAGGAGCAGACCCACGCACGAAAAAACUGGCCGAUCAUUCAUUUCGCAUCUGCAUGCGACCACAGUCCAC